AUGUCCUACGAUAAGUACUCCACCCCAUUGUCUUCCAGAUACGCUUCGGAGGAGAUGUCCCACAUCUUCUCCUUGAGAAACAGAUUCUCCACCUGGAGAAAGUUGUGGUACAACUUGGCUAUCGCAGAGAAGCAAGUUGGACUUUCAAUCAUCACCGAUGAGGCUAUCGAGCAGAUGAAGGAGCACUUGGAGAUCACCGACGAGGAGAUUGCUGCUGCUUCUGUCGAGGAGGCAAAGGUCAGACACGACGUGAUGGCUCAUGUCCACGUGUUCGGAGACACCUGCCCUGCUGCUGCUGGUAUUAUCCAUUUGGGAGCCACCUCGUGUUUCGUCACCGACAAUGCAGACUUGAUCUUCUUGAGGGAUGCUUACGAUGUGUUGAUUCCUAAGUUAGUCAACGUCAUUGACAGAUUGUCCAAGUUUGCCUUGGAGUACAAGGACUUGCCUGUUUUGGGAUGGACUCACUUUCAGCCUGCUCAAUUGACCACUGUGGGUAAGAGAGCAACUUUGUGGAUCCAGGAGUUGUUGUGGGACUUGAGAAACAUGGUUAGAGCCAGAAACGACCUUGGAUUGCGUGGUGUCAAGGGUACCACCGGUACUCAGGCCUCUUUCUUGUCUCUUUUCCAUGGUGACCACGACAAGGUUGAAUUGUUGGAUGAGACCGUAGUCAAGUUAUUGGGCUUCGAACAUGUCUACCCAGUUACCGGUCAGACUUACUCCAGAAAGAUCGACAUCGAUGUGUUGAGUCCCUUGGCCUCUUUGGGUGCCACCACUCACAAGUUCGCUACCGACAUUCGUUUGUUGGCCAACUUGAAGGAGAUCGAGGAGCCAUUCGAGAAAUCGCAGAUUGGUUCUUCCGCCAUGGCCUACAAGAGAAACCCAAUGAGAUGUGAGAGAGUUUGUUCUUUGUCCAGACACUUGGGUGGAUUGUUGAACGAUGCCAUCCAGACAGCCUCCGUGCAAUGGUUCGAAAGAACCCUUGACGACUCUGCUAUCAGAAGAAUCUCGCUCCCAUCUGCGUUCUUGACCGCAGAUAUCUUGUUGUCCACCUUGAUCAACAUCACCUCUGGUUUGGUGGUGUACCCUAAGGUCAUUGCCAGAAGAAUCAGCUCCGAGUUGCCAUUUAUGGCCACCGAGAACAUCAUCAUGGCCAUGGUAGAGAAGGGUGGAUCGAGACAGGACUGCCACGAGGAGAUCAGAGUGUUGUCCCACCAAGCAUCUGCUGUUGUCAAGCAGGAGGGUGGAGACAACGACUUGAUUGAGAGAGUCAAGAAGACCGAGUAUUUCAAGCCCAUCUGGGACGAAUUGGAUGCUCUUUUGGAUCCAAGCACAUUUGUGGGUCGUGCUCCUCAGCAGACUGAGAAGUUCGUCAAGAACGACGUGGCCAAGGCUUUGGAGCCAUUCAAGGACAUGAUCACCACCGAGAGUGUUUCGUUGAGUGUCUAA